GUAUCAAGUUAAAUUUUUUAGCUGAGUAAUGUUUUUGAUUAAUGGGUCGGAUAUUUAUUUGACUUUAUCCGUACAUGUAUUCAUCGAAGGUUUGAGUGAGGGAUCUGUCCCUACAUGAAUGGAUAUCUGUUUCUUUGUGUGAAACACUCUUUUCAUUUUUGUCACAGUUUUUCGAAAAAUAUCUAUCAACUGUUCUAAUUCAACAAAUCUCAAUUCAAAUUAAUCGCUCUCAUGUAAAUGUAAAGGAGAGAAUUUUAAUACACCUGUUAAUGUCACAUGGUAUAAAGGUAGUCAAGUGCUUGCUUGAGGGAAAGAAAUGGCUACAUUAACUAUUCCUCAGGUUGAUCAAUCUGACAAAGGACUGUAUCGAUGUGAAGUAAAGAGUCACGAGAAAGCUGAAGAUGAAAAAAGUCUCGAGUGGAUUAUUAACUAUAGACCUGCCAACAUUAGGUUGACUCUCCAAAGAGGUCAUAAAGCAACGUUAAUCUGCACUGCUGAAGGCCGUCCACAACCAAACUUUGAAAUAUUUUCAAAGCGCUCUAAACUUGUCUAUAAAGGCCCCACCUACACAUUUGACAUCGUUAAAUCUUGUGAUUUUGGAAAUUAUACUUGUAAAGCGACUGUUGUAAAUUGUCAUGUUAUGUUAUGUAGAGUGUGACUGUGUCAUAUUUUUGAUACUAAGAUAUAACGGAUAUUAUGUUUAUGUAAAAUGUUAAGUCAUAUAUUACUAGACAAAUAGGAAAAUACGCAUAUAGUUAUUAAACUGUGGUUUCAGUGGAAAUCCUGUACGUAAAUUUAAAAUAUUUAGGAACACCUUUUCUACCCAAUGUGGCAUUGCGGUAGGAUGUAGGUAAUGACGGUACUCUAUAAACGGAAUGGCGUGUUGCAAGUCAUGCAAACGCCCAAAAAUCAUAUCCUAAUAAUUAUAAUAUAAAUAAGAGCUUGCAAGCGUUGGUUCGGCAUUCGGAAAAACAGACGUUGUUAGACGUACAAAAGUGAUAAGUUGGAAAUCGUAUUGCAGGAGGCGAUAGCGUUUGAAUAAGUUUCAAGUUUAAAGAUUGACGGUUGGCCGUAAUCUCAACGUUUCAAUAACAUAUUUGUGUCGCAAAGAACCAACGUUUGGAACUCCGUAUCAUAAAUCGUGCACAAACCACUGUAAAUAUCCUAUCAAGUGUUAAAUACAAUUGUCAAAAUACA